GCUGCCAUGGAUUGGUAUGUUUGUUGAGGUGUCGCAAGAUAGUGGGCUGCUCUUAUCACUGGCGUCUUGCAAUCUGUCUCCGUUAUGAUUGGCUUGUGGUUAUCUCUUCUUUGCUCCUGUCCACCACUUGCAAGCUCUCGACACUGUUUUUCCGCCUCUUCGUGCCUCUUGCUUUCUCAAAUUUGCUGAUCCGAUAUCCGCAUAAUUGCGAGGCCUAGGCUUAUCUUAUCUCGGUGCCAGUAUUUCUUUGUAGUCUUCGUCCUGUAGAAGAGUUCGCGAAUGUCACCAACCUCCAUCAUUCCAAGGGCUCUCAACAACGUAACGGCGACUUCGACUCAUCUUUGCGAUUAAACUCGCAAUAUGUCGACGCUCAAGUCGCCCACCCCUGAUUCGCCAUCCGCGUCGGGUAGUGCAGUUACUGCGGCCGCUACGAUUGGAAGACCUGCAAACGCGACCUCAAGCAACAAUGACGCCGUACAAGCAGCUGCGUCUCCUCGUGACUUUGGGCCUUUGUGGAUGGGAGCACAUAGUGGGUCUCCUCUGAGCCGUGCUGGACUGCUGCAGCCUAAGAGUUUCAUGUCUUCCAUAAGCUCACGACUAUCAAGACCACGAAAUAUUGCUACACAUACUCAGGAGGACAUUCGCGACUCUACCAUGCAACUAUCCAGUCUGCCUUUACGACCACCUUCGAUCUUGAUGGCUCAUUCUGAAGAUGCCUUCAUUUUUCCGACUUCCGCUGUGCAUUCUACGGAGGCUGACGAGCAGGAACGGACGCAUAUACCCGCGUCUGAGUCCCAGACUUCCAUUCUAUCAGCACCCAGUGAAGUAGUCGAUCUGACAACUUCAGUAUCAUCCCUCUCGACGGAAACAGGCGAAACGACUCCCCGAGGACGUCCUUCUCGCCCUUCAGCAUUGUCCCUUAUGCUUUCAAGGACAGCGGAAAACUCAGUUGAAUCAAGGGUGCCAGUCCCAGAUGACUCACAAAUCUCUACUCCAACUGUCACUCGACGCGACUUCAUCGCCGAGUCCCUUGAACGUCCCUCUACUUUAGCUACACGAACGGCUGUCUCUGUGCGCUCAUCUCUGGAGCAGGAACCUGCUGGCUUUGUGUCUGAAAGGCAACCCCUUCUUCACGAUAUUGGGAUCACUCGUCGAACAUACACCGAAAGCGCACAGCCUACAAAUGGUUGGAUGGCAAGUGGCGCAUCAUCGCCUAAACCCAGGUCUGAACGUGUACUUAGCAAGUGGAAGAAACAUGUGCUAGCGAGGGACUACAGAGCCUCCAGUGAACACAUACUUGCUACUCUUGUUAGGUCAUUACCUGCGGUUCUACUUGGAACGCUGCUGAACAUCCUAGACGGGGUAUCAUAUGGGAUGAUCAUCUUCCCUGCGGGAGGAGUCUUCAAGAAUCUCGGUGGUGUCGGAGUUUCCAUGUUCUUCGUUUCGGCCGUUAUUGCGCAACUUACCUACUCCUUUGGUGGAAGUGGGUUUGAAGGCGCCAACGGCAGUAUGAUGAUUGAAGUUGUCCCCUUUUUCCACAUCCUAGCGAACAGCAUAGCUUCUGAUAUGGGAGAAAACAAUCCACAUGCGGUGCUAGCGACAACCGUCGUUGCUUUCUCGCUAUCGUCAAUGUUAACAGGUCUCGCAUUCUUCCUCUUGGGUGCUCUUCGUAUGGGCUCCCUCAUAGGAUUCUUCCCCCGACAUAUACUAGUUGGCUGUAUUGGCGGGGUCGGUGUUUUUCUCAUCAUUACUGGAUUUACCGUCUGCAUCCGCAUGUCCGAAGACGACUUUGAUCUAUCGCUAUCUACAUUCAAAUUGUUGUUUUUCAACGUUCGCAAUCUCACACUAUGGGCUCCGCCAUUCGCAUUAGCUGUAUUGCUUCGUGUUAUCACUCACAAGUAUCGUCAUCAACUCAUAUUCCCCAUCUAUUUUAUCAUUAUUCCCGUCAUUUUCUACAUCAUUGUAGCAGCAGCGCGCCUCGACUUUGGAGCAUUACGGAGGGACGGGUGGCUUUUCGACAUGGAUACCUCUGAUGAUCCCUGGUAUAAAUUUUAUACCUUCUACGACUUCAAUGCCACAAGUUGGUCCGCACUGUGGGCCACCGUCCCAACACAGUUUGCUUUGUUAUUCUUCAACAUUCUACACCCUCCAUUGAAUGUUCCUGCUCUCGCUAUAUCAUUGGAUCACGACAUAGACACUGACAAAGAGCUUGUCGGACAUGGCGUUUCAAAUGUAUUGUCCGGACUUUUUGGCACUGUACCAAACUACCUGGUCUAUGUCAACACACUUCUCUUCUAUCGGGUUGGAGGGAGCGCUCGUAUCUCUGGUUUCCUUCUUGCGGGUACAACUGCAGUUCUUCUAUUAAUUGGAACAGGACCCAUUGCUUUCAUUCCUGUUAUGGUGGUUGGUGCGUUGAUCUUCGUUUUGGGUAUCGACCUCGUCAAAGAAGCAUUGUGGGAUACCCGACAUCGUGUCAAUCGUUUGGAGUACAUUACUAUCAUCUCUAUCAUGGUAUGCAUGACGGUAUGGGACUUCGUGAUCGGCGUUCUCUUUGGUAUAAUUAUGAGUUGCUUCUUCUUUGUCAUUCAAAGCAGUCAGCGACGAAGCAUACGAGCCCUGUAUUGUGGGGAAACCGCCAUGUCAACUGUUCGUAGACCAGGAGCACAUCGCGCAUAUCUUCGAGAAGUUUCCAAGCAGACAACUAUCAUUAGGCUUCAAAGUUUCUUAUUUUUCGGUACUAUCACCCAUGUUGAAGAGACCAUUCGCGGUCUCGUCAACAAUCCAUCUUGGCACCACGACCCUAUGCGUUUCUUGAUAUUGGACCUUGCUUUGGUAGCUGGCGUGGACAUGUCAGCAGCGGAAGCAUUCGUCCGUAUUCAACGUCUACUCGCUGGGAAGGGCGUGAUUCUGGUAGUCUCUGGAUUCGCUGUCGAGUCGCCCGUCGGGCAGGCUCUGUCAAGCGUUGGACUCUUGGAUACGGAAGGCGUAGAAAUCUUUUCUACUUAUGCUGAUGCAUUAGAAUGGACUGAAAAUGCAUAUCUACGGGCGUGGUACAUGUCACAAAAGGUCGAAACAAUGCUUCCCGGAAGACAAGAACCUGUUGUCACAUUUGAUGGCUCUCUAUCCACGACCCCUAGAAGAUCCCAACUUCUUGAGGCUGGCUAUCGCACGAUAGCCCAUGAACACCCACCGCCGGACAUAUCCCUCACGGAAAACCCAGAACCUUGCAAUAUUCUCGUCAUGGCAUUCUCAUCACAUGGGCCUGUAGACCGAGAGACCUUCCGGCCGCUCAUACCUUAUCUAGAGCAUUUGCACGUUCCAGCGGGUUUUGUUCUAUGGGAACAAGGCGAACCGUCAGAUGGUCUCUACAUUGUCGAGUCCGGUAUACUACGUGCAACGUACUACUUUGCAGAGCACGUUUCGCCGACCCAUGAGACAAUGGUUCCUGGGACACUUGCUGGCGAACUCUCGGCACUGUCGGGAUUGGAACGUAAUUGUCGAUGUGUAGUUGAACGGCAGGCUGCGCUAUGGAAACUGACAACAAAAAAUCUCAGUCGGUUGGAAAACGAGCAGCCAGAAUUUGCGCGGACAUUCACCAAGUUGGUGUUGAGAGCCGCGAAACUUGAUUACGAUACCCUCAUCGCUGCCGUAGCUUCGCGACAGUAACCCAAGAACUGAGACAUCCGCGGACACGAUCUUUUCAUGGACGAUAACAAUAACAUAGACGUUCUCCUGUUGUUCACUAUCAGAAUGUAUGGCGUUUCUAGUCCUCGACAUAGGUGCAUCAGUGGGCCAGACGAAAUAUGCAGACUGUAUUCAAUAGCUCAACGUUUAGAUAGUCUACGUCCCGUCUCUGUUCAAUCCAACACAAAUAGCAGGCUGUCCUUGAACUUGGUGCUCAUCUUCCCAUUCAAAUCUUCCCUGCCUCGGAGUACAUUCCAGAACGUUGGGCUUCACGGGGUACCGUUGGCCGAGAUGUGCGGCCGCAAUAAAGGAAGUUGUACUAC